AUGUCUACAGCUUUCAAAACUGUCAUCGCGACCGGUGCUUCUUCAGGCCUGGGAUUUGAAUCAAUCAAACAACUGCUGGAGCAACCUGAGCCUUACAACUUUAUCCUUGGUGCUCGGAACACAGAAAAGGUGCAGGCUGCCUACGAUGAUCUUGGAUAUGAGAGAACCAAACAUAGCGUCACAAUUCUUCCCCUCGAUCUCCUGAGCCUGCGAAGUGUGCAGCUGUUCGCACAGGAGGCUCGAAAAAAGUUGGGCCAUAGUCGCAUCCAAUUUUUAUUCCUCGCUGCCGGAACCCUCGACAGUGCUGAGAAACCGAAUCCCUACGGUUCUCAAUGGUGCGAAGGACUGAUGGUCAACCAUUUAGCUCAGCACUACCUCGUCCACUUGCUGCGGGAAACACUCAUUGCCUCGAAGACUCGUCUCGUCUUCGUGUCAUCUGGCGCAAUCCGCAACGUCAGGAGCCAGGACCCUGCCACUCUUGAUAUAGACCUGAAGGCCAAAUCCGGUGCGGGUGUUGGUACAAUUUACAGUGCCUCGAAAUUCGUACAACUGCUCGGAGCUCAUUAUUGGAGGCGUCAACUUCCCGAGUGUACUAUAGUGGCUGUCAGUCCAGGAUUGAUCCCCAGUACUAACCUUGCCACAAGUAUGGGUCUGAGCAUGGAUAUGCCAGAUGCCAAGACUAUCCCUGAAGGUGCUCAAAGCCUUCUCCGGGCCUUCACAGCCAGUGACAUCCCUACUGACCCGGAGCAAAUCUUUCUCACUAGCUGGGGAGAGUGGUGGCCCAAGGAUGUCUAUGCCAUGAGUCUCGAUACCAAACUCCAGGACAAGUGGUGUCCCAGCUUGGAGCAAAUUGAGAGAGAGGAGGGCCUCUCGAAGCAGUGA